CAGGGAUGAAGCAUUUACCUGGGUAGGUAAGUCAGGAGGAGGUCAAAAGAAGAAAACAGUAGGAGGCAGGGAAGCAGUGUCUGUCUCCAUCUCUGCCCUUUGAAAUAAAAGGGUAUCCUUUCCUCCCUCAGCCCCCCCCCCACCGACCCAGUGAAGGCCCAGCUUGGGACAUUCUUCGCUUCUCUUCGCUUCCCCUCUGGGAGUCCCUUUCACCAUCCCUGCACCUUGCUUCGGGCGAUGCCCGAGAGGGAGCUGUGGCCAGCAAGGCCUGGCUCGGAACCCGUGACCUGCAUCCGCAGCUGCGACAGCAUGAUGAGCGCCACCUCCACCCGCUCGGGAUCUAGUGACAGUAGCUACGACUUCCUGUCCGCAGAAGAGAAAGAGUGUCUGCUAUUCCUGGAGGAGACCAUUGGCUCAUUGGACACUGAGGCCGACGGUGGACUCUCCACGGAGGAGUCUGAGCCAGCCACAACUCCCCGAGGUUUCCGGACACUGCCUGUCAUACAGCCGGUUCCCCAGAGAAACUCAGAGAAGACAAUCAUUCAGCAAGGACCAGAGCCAAGGAAGGUGACUCAUUCCUCCUCAUUCCGUCCCCCUGAGCCUUACAGCUUGGGCUUCAAGUCUGGCUCCUACAGCCUCCCCAGAAAUAUCCACAUUGGCGGAAACCAGAACCUCAGGAAAAGCACCACCCAGACUAACAGCCACUUCCCUGGAGAAUCUGAGGGACUCAUAGCUAAACCUGAGAAAAAGCAGGCCAGCCAGAGCAGGGAGCCUGGCCAGGCACAAGCUAAUCCCCUGGGGACUGCCCUUGACCUGGACGUGGUACUCAUCCCCCCACCUGCAGCUUUCCAGGACGCCCAGCCAGAGCAGGGUAGGAAAGACAGCCUGCCCAAGGGGCCAGGAGAGCCUAGGCCCCAACUCCACCCACCAUUCAGCCCCCUGGAGAGAGUGGAGGGGGAUUCAGAGGCCAUGUCCCACCCAGCCAGUGGGAAAGGUUCCACAGGGGCCUCAGGAAAGCCACAGCCUCCUCCUGCUGAGUUGUCUUGGAAUGCCAGAGCUGAAGAUGCUUCCCUCCCACCAGGGGCUGAUCCAAAUCCCAGAAUGGCUCCCCUCACAGCCCCGAAGCCCCGGAAGCUGCCACCCAACAUUGUUCUGAAGAGCAGCCGAAGCAGCUUCCACAGGGAUCCCCAGAACAGGCUGUCCCGACACCAUGAGGCUGGAGAAUCUGGCCUGGUGUCCUCUUCACUGCAGGACCAAAGGAAAGCACGCAGAGAAGCACUGGAGAAGCUGGGGCUACCCCAGGACCCAGAGGAGCCCAGCCUCCCUUUGAGUAGGCCCACCAGCUCCAUCAGACUCAAGGAGGCUCAGGGCCCCGAUCCUUCUCCAGCCCCAGCUCCAGCUCCUAUAGCUGCAAUUGCUCCUGCUGCAGAGAAGAUUCCAGCUCAGGGACCUUCCCCAAUGAAGCCUCCAGCAUCAGCUCUAGCUCAGGGGCCCUAUCCAGGCAAGGUUUGGAUUCCCACCCAGGAACCCUCUCUUGGGAAAGUUGCAGCUACCAAAUCCACACCAAUCCCUAUCCCUAAGGCCCCAAAGGCAAAUAGUGGCUUAACUCAGCCAAAGCCAGACUCAGGACUGACUCUCCGGGAGAGCAACAUCCCUGGCCUGAGACAGAUGAACUUCAAGUCCAACACUCUGGAGCGUUCGGGUGUGGGACUGAGCAGCUACCUCUCUGCUGAGAAAGACCCGAGUCCCAAAACCAGCACUUCCCUGGGAAAGGGUUCCUUCUUGGACAAGAUCUCACCCAGUGUCUUGCGUAAUUCUCGGCCCCGCCCUGCCUCCCUGGGCACUGGGAAGGACUUUGCAGGUAUCCAGGUGGGCAAGCUGGCUGACCUGGAUCAGGGCCAGAGCUCCAAGAGGCUGUCCUACCAAGGACAGAGCCGUGACAAGCUUCCUCGACCCCCUUGUGUCAGUGUCAAGAUUUCCCCAAAGGGCGUCUCUGAUGAACAUAGGAGGGAGGCCUUGAAGAAGCUGGGGCUGCUGAAGGAGUAGGCCACCAGUGCCACCAAGAUUAAACCAAGAGGAGAGACUGCGGGCUCCACUUAGGAGCCCUUGUGACCUCACGGCUUAGGGCUGGGGCAGCCAUGGGCUCCUCUCACCGGUUCUGCACUCUUGGAGGCGAAUGGGAAGGAGAGACUUUUGUUCAAGCAUGUGUUGAAUUCAGAGUGGUUGUGCCAUUGACCAUCUCUACAGAUCAUUCUGAAGAAGAAAUAGACAAGGGCGGGGGGCAUGUGCACGUGUAUUUGGGGAAGCUGUACAUAUCACUGACACUCUUUAUGUAACACAAAAAGGCAUUGUUCAGAGUUCUGCUCUUGUUGAAAAUUUUCUUACAAUGGAGAAGGGAGGCCAGAAAAGUCAAAUGAGAUGAUGGAUAUGCAAGUGAUCUGAAAGAAGAGUUAUAGUGGGGCUGGGGAUAUAGCUCAGUUGGCAGAGUGCUUGCCUCACAUGCACAAGGCCCUGGGUUCAAUCCCAGCAGCACCACCACCCCCCAAAAAGAAGAGUUAUAAUCUACACAUAAAGGUUCACAUGAAUGUGGGCCUCCUAGAAUCCCUGUGGGAAAUGAGACUGGUUCAUACCUUGUUGGAUCCCUCUCUCAGUUCAGGCCUUCUGGACAAGGCCUUGAGCCUAGAGAAGUUGGUUUGUUAUCUCUUCACCCACUGCCUUCUUAGUGUCACCAGUCCCACUGGAGGACCCCUCCCUGUGACUAAACCUCUUAGUUCACUGAUAGCAGGACAGCUCUUGUCAGUCUUGAAGGCAGGAUAAGAGGCCACACACUCAUACCUCUGCCUGCACUGGUGAGAGUUCUUGUCAGUGGGCUUGAGAAAUUCGAUAAUAAACUGUGCUGUGGUUCCAUGA